AUGCAUGAACUGCUCCGACAGGAAGAAAAUACUUUAGUCAUAAACCUGAACGCUGCAACAAAUCAGCUAAUUACUGUGUCACAGGUUGAAAAGCAGAAGGAAUGGUACUGCAAGCAGGACUGUGACCUCCCAGUGCAUCCAUUCUGCUGUGUCAUGAGCUGCACUCCCGCGUGCUGUUGGGGCAACAGGGCUCAGAGCCACCAAUACUUUGUGCUGCUGUAUGCAAGUUGCUUUGUGGAACAAAUCGCUGCUUGCUGUGGCUAUGGAUGCAAGCUGACUGGUUGUGUUGUUGUUGCCACAGUAGGAAAGACUCAGAAUCUUGCACAGCAGUCACCUGCAUAA